AUGAUGAUCGAAAGGCUUCGGAAGCCUAGUUAUAUCAUUGAUGAAGAAGCAGCACGGUUCCUGGGACCCUUGACGAAACCCGAAGGAAAUUUCCCACCGAUUUUCGGGAAUCUGCCCCAGGCGGAGCAGGUUUUCAAUCGCCGGGAACGUCGGCUUCCGAACGGGGUCGUGUUUGGAAGAUUCGGGUACAUCGACAGCGACGGGAAGCAGAAAGAGACCCACUAUGUGUCCGACGACUGGGGUUACAGGAUGAUCGAACCCGGGGCCAACGUCACCAUUUAUCCUGCUGCCGCUGAAAAUGAUGGGGUCGGUUCCGGGGGUUCCGAAUCCGCGAGUGAAUCGAAUGCAAGUUAUCACAGGAAGAAAAAUGGCGUCGUCAUCUUAUACACGUCCGAAAUGUCCAACCCGGACAAGAAAAAAAGGAAUAACGACGAACAAGUGUCAAUAACGGACCAACCCUCGACUUCCUCCUCGUCUUCAUUGUCUUCUGGCUCCGUGGCGGCGGACCUACCUGUGUACAGAGCAGAAACCGAGGUCACCGGCGCCCCGCGACCCUUUGACCCAGCUUCCACGGGCGUAGAGCUCUUCGCCGCUGUCACACCCGGCCCGAACCCAUCAGAUGCCCUAGAUCCCCAACAACGCCUGAGCUUUCGACUCGCGGGUUUCUCACCUGAUUCCCGACGAAGAGGCACUGUGACGAUAUCGAAAAUAGUCGGGGAAUCCGCGUUGUCGCCCGGGGAAGCCCUGACCACGCCUGCGCCGACGGUACCGCUAGCGACACCUGUUCAUGGCUCGGGAAAUCCGUCCAGCGGCAGUAGCAGUUUGCCAUACGUAGAUGGCAGUCCUAACGAUAUUUGGUAUCACGGGAAUCUGGAUCCUUCGCUGCCCGAGAAGCAUUUGAGUCUCGCUGGAAAUCGGGAUAAAGUCGACAGCUCUUCGUCGUCAUCAUUGCUGCAUAAUGACGACAGCAAUAAUAAGCAAUCUUUUGGACUUCGCAGACCUGGAACAGUUAUUCCUUAUCCUUUGCCGGAGUUUAAACCGAUCCCGAAGCCGGGUUCUUUGGAUGAUCCUCACGUCCAGUUGAUGUGGGUCAAUCGGGUUCAGGGGACGAACAAUGUGAAUAAUAACAACAAAAACAUGAAUAAUAAGGAAGAGGCGACACCUGGACUCGGAUUGGGGUUAGGGACUGGACAAGGAGCUUUAGGAAUACAGUAUCCAAAUCAGAAUGUCCUUGGUUUUCCACAAUAUCAACAACAACAACAACAAUUGUUCCAGCAGCAAAUUCAGAGACCAUCAUAUCCGUUCGUCUCCAACACAGGCAACAGAUUCCAGGGUUAUCCUUUUGGAUUUGGAACAUCGCAGCAUGGGAAUCAAUUGAGAAAUCCGCUGUACUGGAACAGUGACCCACUCGUGAGUUUUUACCGCGACUCAUUCCCAUUCUUCAGUCGCCAAUAUUACAAGAGAAUGCUGAAAAAUCCGGAAUCUGUAUCCGAAAACGCAGAAAAUCCCGCAGAUGAAGACUCGUCAGCAGUUCAGCAGACGGAAUUGGCAAAAUUUCCAGACGAUCAAGUGACGAAAGCAGAAAUUCAGCAGGAAGAGAUUCGAAAUGGGGAUCAUCAAUCAUCAGGGCUUGAAACGAAUGCCAGUGAACAUUUCGAAUCCUCUUGAACUCGUGGCCACUUUUUGCUUCUUUUUUUUUUUUGAAGAUGGAAUUUACUGAAAGGUUGCUUUGUUUUUUUUGGAUCAUUGUUUGAGCAGAUUCGGCGAUGGUUUAUUUAUUCAGAGAAUUUUUGUUUAAAUUGAGCGAUGUGCUUUUGAUUUUGUCCCAGUUGAACCGUACUGGUGUUCAUUGUUGUAAAGCUUUGGGCGGAUUUUUUUUUUUUGGAUAUCUUUAGUUGUUUUU